AAGAGCACCUGGAGUUGUUUCCCUUUUUGUAUAACGUUACUAUGGUGUAAAACACUAUUAAUCUUUUAAAAGUUCACUUUUGUGUGAUAAAUGCAUUUAGGUCAUUCGGAUUGUUUUCAUAAACUUAAAUAAUUCCAACCAGGAGGGAGCACAAUGUCUGCAGAAGUGGCACCACCGGAUAUUGACGAGCAGCCACUUGUUCCCACCACUGGCAGAUUCAUCUGGAAGGAAGGUCCAAAUGGAGAGAAUGGUACUCUCGAAUGGGCAUCGAACAAUCCUAAUGCUGACAGAGACAGGCGCAGAAGAAAGGGGAAUGAAGGCAUGAAGAGGAAUGAAAGGGGUGGAUCCAGUGUUGCCAGGAACAACCAGAAGGGGCGGGGCCGACCCAACCAGCCCAAGUCCCCCAAGGCAGGAAUACAUGCUACCGAAACACACACAACUGUCACCUUGGAUGAUAUAAAAAAAAUUGCCCUGGACAAGCUGUUUGAGGAGAAGGUGGUGGAUGAGGUCUCCGACACUUUUGACAGUCUCUACCACAACAAGCAGUUUGAUCACUUCCUGAUUUACCUUCUCACCUACUUUGACUGUUUCUUUGAGAAGCUGCAUCAGGAACACAAACAGAACAUCUCCACAUACAUAGAGCCCAGCCUUUCUGAGAAGCAGGCCCUGGCUGACUCUAUAGAGAAGCUGAAAGCUGCUGAGAAGUAUCUGGGACAGGCAUACUGUGUCCUUGUGCUGGGACUGGGGCUGGAAGAUGAACACCACAUGGCCUGUGGCAUGAACCGAGUGUCGUCUACAGACAAGGACAGGGACAUGUUUGAGACUGUGUACUCGUUUUGCUCAUACGUGGUGUGGAUCACGUUCAAACAGAACCCCAAGGAUAAGGAGACUGUCAGGAAGGAGGUGGGCAGAAUGCUGAGGUCUGACACAUUCAAUCCAGCCAUCAGAGCCAAGAACUUUCCUGAGGAGGUGAUGUUUGAGAAGGUGGGCAAGCACAAUGUCAAGGUUUGGAAGAAGGUCACACCGGCCGAAUACAGGCGCACUCACACAAAAAGGCCAGCCAUAAAAUCUAUAAUCAAUCAGCGGUCUCCGGCCAUUGUGUCCAUUCUGCCCUCACCCAAGGAAGAGGCUCACUGGCUAUUUAAGCGCAACAGGCCCGUCUCACCAAACUCUUUUGGGAAGCAGGGUCAUGGGGAGGAUAAUGAAGAUGAUGACAACAACACCACCCCACACUUCAACCCAAGGACUUUCAAGGUCGGUAUCCUUGGUGAUAGCCUUAACCACUAUAACCACCAGUUAUGUCCCCUGGGGGCCGAGAAUGAGGAUGAGGAGAACGAUGGGGAAGAGGGAGAACAGAAACAGGGAGAUAACUCUGCAAACACCGCCAAACCCAGUGCAGAGAGGCGUCCCAGUAGAAGCCAGACAGCAGUAUCUGAGGCCGUUACGGAAGCCUUCACAGACAACUGACACUGAAUGAUGGAAAGAUUCACUUGAGAAAUUAACCUAAAAAUGCAAAAUGUUCUAAUACAUUCCAUCAUAAAAAAAUAUUAUAUUUGUUGAAUUAUUUUUAUUUUUUUUACUUUUCUGCAUAGAGACUAGCAUUUAAUGAAUGAUUCCUUCAUCUACUGCAUUUUGAAGUGUAUUAUAGUAAUGUAGGAUGUUAAAAUAUUUAUGUAUUGUUUUCGUCCACUUACUAUUAAAGUGAAGUACAUUUUUUAAACAAUAUCUGUAUGUUACAUUACAGGUUUAUUUUCUACAGAUAAAGUCUCAUUUCUGUUACUUAAUGUUGUCAAUCUACAUUCUUAGUAGCUUAUAGUUCUUCAAAUUUUUACUCAUUAUUGAUGACAUUCUACGUUGAAAAUAUACCUUGUUACAUUAAAGCAAUGUGUGCCAACAAUUACAGAAAAUAGGAACUAUUGUUUGUUAAGAUGUAUGUAACUUUGUUUCUUUUACAUGUUUCUUAUUUAUCAAUAAAUAUUU